AUGCAUUCGACACCUCUGCCUCGUUUGCCCAUACUCGAAGCCAUUGCCAAGCACGAUCCAGACUCUCGCGCGGUGAUCCAUUCAGCCUCCGGGAGGGCUUUCACGUACGGCCAACUCCUGGGCGACGUGCGCAAAGCCCGCGACCGCUUCUACGAAGCCUGUGGGAAGAGCGAUCUGGCAGGCCAAAGGAUAGCUUUGCUGGUCGAGAACAGCUAUGACUACGUGGUCACUCUGCUUGCCGCCAUCGCCGCGCGAUCUGUCGCGGUCCCCAUGUCACCUGCGUUUCCGGAUCCCGAGCUGCAAUACAUCCUCAACCAUAGCGAAGCCUCCUUGCUCGUCACCUCUCCCAAGUUUGCUGCCAAGGCGCGCCAGGUCCUGUCUACCGAAUUGGCUGCCAGGCCGACCUAUCUAGAGAUGCCAAAACACCUCGGUCGAGGCAAGAUUGAACAAGCCUCGUUGGAGGUCUCGGAUCCAGCCGGCGCUGGACUAAUGCUGUACACGUCUGGUACCACAAACAGGCCAAAAGGCGUCUUGAUACCACAGUCAACCUUGACCGCGCAGUCUCACUCGCUGAUCGAAGCCUGGAACUACACCCCAGCAGACCACCUUCUCCAUGUCUUGCCCCUCCACCAUAUUCACGGCACCGUCAACGCCUUGAUUGCUCCGCUAUUUGCCGGCUCCUGCAUCGAAUUCAUGUUUCCGUUCAACGCGGACGCAGUGUGGAAGCGCCUGGCGGCCCCCUUCGUGUCCAGCCGAGACCCCCGCAGCGUCAACGUCGCCGACGGCACCCCCGGCGUGGAUGGUGUGCAUGGCUCCGGCGCCAAUGGCUCGGAAUCAUGCAGACCCAAAGUCUCCUUCUUCACAGUCGUGCCGACAGUGUAUAGCCGGCUCCUGGCAAGCCACAAAUCUCUCCCGGCGGCGCUUCAGCAAGCCGCGCGCGAAGCCGUCUCGCCGCAGAACCUGCGUCUCAACAUCUCCGGGUCUGCCGCCCUCCCGACACCCGUCAAAUCGGCGUGGCAAACGCUUAGCCGCGGCAACGUGCUCCUCGAACGGUACGGCAUGACCGAGGUAGGAAUGGCUCUCAGCUGCGGGCUAGAUUUCCGCGACCGCGUCGACGGCAGCGUCGGCUGGCCGCUGCCCUCGGUGCAGGCUCGCCUCGUGGACCUUGACUCGGGCCAAGUCAUCCGUCCAGGCGAGGAAGUCGACGCCAACGGCCGCGAACGCUCCGGCGAGAUCCAGCUCCGCGGCCCCACAAUCUUCCAGGAAUACUGGCGCGACCCGGCGGCCACGGCCAAGGAAUUCGUCGCGGACCCGGACAACCAGGGCCGCUGGUUCAAGACCGGCGACGUCGCCGUCCGCCGCGCCGUGCCGUCCGCCUCCCGCAGCCAACCGUGGACCCGCGGCCCCCUGUACUUCAUCCAAGGCCGCCUCGCAGCCGACAUCAUCAAGACGGGCGGCGAGAAAGUCUCGGCCCUCGAAGUCGAGCGCGAGCUCCUCUCCCUCCCCGACGUCUCCGAGGCCGCCGUCGUGCCCGUCCCCAGCGGCAACUGGGGCCAGAAAGUCGGCGCCGUGCUCAUCCUCAGCCCGGACGCGGUGCACAAGUGGUCCCCGCUGGGGAUGCGCCGCGCCCUCAAGACCAGGUUGGCCCACUACAAGAUCCCGCAGGUCUUCAAGAUUGUCGACCACAUCCCCCGGAACGCCAUGGGCAAAAUCAACAAGAAGCAGCUCGCAAAGGAGAUUUUUGCAGACGAGUGCAGCGGUGACGAGGCGUGA